AUGGUCAACAACAGCAAUAUGUCUUUAUUAUUAACAUUAAAAGAUGAUGGUCAUUCUAAUCAAUCAGAAAAGGUAGAAGAAAAUACAAAUAUACCAAUAGUUUUAGCAAGAACUAUGAAUGAAAAAUUAUGUUUUCAAACUAUUGAAUCUACUCUAAACAAGUUGAAAAUUACAAUACAAAAAAUUAAAGAUAGUAAUGCCUUAUAUAUUGUUCCUGAAGAUGAAUGGAAACAAAAAAAUGAAAUUGCAAUUCAACCAAAAGUUUCACAUUCCGUUGAACAACCAAUUAAUGCUAUUGCAUCGUUUGUUAAUAAUAUUCUAGAACCAUUGAUCGAUGCUGUUAUUCAUACUAGCUUUACAUUCUCUUCGGCUGUAGGUACUAUUAGAGAAUUAGAAAAAUAUGCCAAAAAAGGUGCUCUUCAACCAACGACUUAUUUCGUUAAAAUUGAUAUUCAUGAUUUAACUACUACUUUGCCUCAUCAUUUACUUAUUGAAACAUUAAAAAGAUUUCUACAAACUUAUCUACGAAGUGAAGAAAUGGAUGGAAUACCCAUAACAACCAUUGUUCAACUUGUUCAACUUCUUCUUGAAAAUCAAUUUUAUACCUACGAAAACAAAUUAUAUCAUCAGACUAUUGGUGGUUCAAUUUCUUCGUCAUUAAUCAAAGAUUUUCUUCGUUCAAAACAUAUUAAUAUUCAAAUGACAACAACAAUUGGUUCGACAAUCGAAUAUCUAGAUGCUCAUAUAAGUAAUGAUCAAGGCAUAUUAAAAACAAAAGUUUAUCAUGAUACAAAUCUCGAACCUUAUGCAAUGCCUUAUAUAUUGAAUUGUAACAAUAUAAAAUCAAAUGAUCACGACAUCCUGAUGUUUGGUGCUCUUGCUCGUGCUCUUCUCUAUUGCUAUAAUAUCGACGAAUUCAACAGUGAACGAUGA